UGUGUGUGUGUGUGUGUGUGUGUGUGUGUUGUGCAUGUUCAAGUGUAAGUUUGAGUGCAGAGGCCAACAGAAUCCAGAAGAGGGUAUCAGAGCCCCUGGAUCUGGAGUUAUAGGUGGUUGUGAGCCUGACAUGCGUGGUGGAAACUGAACUCGGGUCCUCUGAAAGAACAGCAUGAGCUCUUUCUUAACCAUUGAGCCAUCCCUCCAGUUCUUAUGCCAGUUCUUAGUGAAAACUAAAUUGGCUGCCACAAAUUUAAACAAGCAUAGUCAAGGCAAAUAGUCAUUCACUGGCUGAUUCAAAUGCAUUUUUUUUUUUUUUUUUUUUUGGAAGCAUGGUUCCAAGUCUUCCCUGUGUUACCUUCAUUGCUGCCCAUGGAGUCCAGCAGCCACCUGGUAUCCACAAAACCCAACAGAGACCCUCUAGGCCAGCCAACUGAGCCCAGCUGCAGGCACAGGGUGAUCGGUGAGGAACUAUCUUCAUCCGGUCCUUAACCUCUGAGAAGCCAGGUCCGAUGUAUAAGGUAACAUUUAGAGAACUUUGGGUUCAAUCUUGAAAGCCUUCAAGUUGGACAGAACUCAGGCGGUUUCAGGUUACCGUGGUGACCAAACAGCUUCUCUGGUCCUAGUUAUUUCCUGGCGGAGCCUGGCUCCAGCUGCACGCAAUGGAGGCUGUCAAGUCCUCCCCCUUCUGGAGCAGCGCUGCGCGGAGCAGGCGCGCGUGGGGAGCCCGGCGGGCGCCAGCUGGAAGCCGGGCGGGCACGCGGCGGGACGCGCGGGGAGCGCGGCGCCGAGUGCCGGCGGCGGUGGAGUCGCAGGGCGCGGGGCCGGAGGCAUGGCCUGGCCGUGCAUCAGCCGCCUGUGCUGCCUGGCGCGGCGCUGGAACCAGCUGGACCGCUCGGACGUGGCGGUGCCGCUGACCCUGCACAGCUACUCGCACCUGGAGAGCGAGGAGCCGGAUCCCGGCGGCGAUGCCUGGCGCGGAAGCCCGACCCCCGCAGGCAGCCGGGACCUGGACCCGCCUGUGCGGCUCACUCAGUACCAGAGCGACUUUGGUCUGCCGACGGCGCCCGCAGGGACCCGACCGGCCGCGCGAGGGCCCGGGCCCGACGGCCGCAGCGGCAGAUCUUCCGCGCCCGGGGUCUACCUGCUGUCCAUCGGGGACACGGAAACAACUGGAGUCGCGACUACGUCCUACAGACAGGAAUUCCAAGCUUGGACUGGAGUGAAGCCCUCAAGAUCCACAAAGGCAAAAUCAGCCAGAGUCAUCAAAACCCACAGCUCUGGAUGGGACAGCAGCCCUAGGGCCAGCUUCCAGGUUCCAGAAGUGAGGAAGAAGUUUGUGCCUAAUCCCUCAGCCAUCUUUCAGACUUCAGCUCCCCGGACUCUCAAUGUGUGAUCCUCGGGUGUGUGGGCAGCAGAAAUUUUGCCAGCUAGGGAAGCUGAGGAGCAUGCUCAGGACCUACCAGCCUGGCUUGGUCCUUUGCUGACAAAAGCACAACUGCUGGCCUUGGGUGUGGCGUGGAGCAGAGGCAGAGGGAUAGGACACCACCAGUGCCACUCAGGCUCUUUCAACCUCCUCUAGCAGUGGGUAGAGGCUUCCUUAUAUCUUUUUAAUUGCCGUUUGAUUGUCCUUCAGUUUUAAAGUCUGAGAAACCUGAGGAUCAAUUCAGUUGUGAACUGAACUGGUCUGUGAGGAAUAUGGAUAUAUCAAGCCCCUGGUAGACUUGUGAUGUCCACUUUGGGAGAUUUUAAUAUUACUUGAUAACUUUGAUAAUCUCAGGCAGUAUCCUCAGAUCUCUCCAUAGUUACCCACAUGCUUAAGAAAUCUUAGGUUAUCAUCUGUACAGGACUCAUGUUGCUGCGUACUGAUGAAGUCUCAGACGAUCAAUCACAGGGUUUUAAUUUUAAACAUGUAAUUUCUUCACAGCCAAGAGGAUCUUCAUGUUCCAACAAAACAUUUCCUAGGAUGAGUGAAUGCAUGGGUGACGCUUACUCAUGGACGUUUCCAAAGGCCGAACCCUGUAUUUUAUAUGGAGUCCCUUCCUCCCAAUAAAAGGAGGCCUGGAAGGGAACUAGUAUGCAUACCCACUAGGAAUUGGGAACACUUUUGGAAAGCAUUACCUAGACUAGCCAUUCCCCUCAAACCCACUGGCUCACUCUUAACAGUGGCUGGGAGCUCACUACAUGCCGUGCAGGCAAUUCAUUUUGUCUUUGGAAAGCUCUUUUGUUUCCGUAAAUUCUAGCCAGUGUGGCUGUGUUGGAACAAGCUGCUGGUUCCCCUUUGCACAGCAAACCUUGAAACAGCAAGAACCUAUGCCCAAGAGGCUUAGCAGUUGUUGGUAAGGAACUGGAUUUCCCUAUGGCACUCUUCAGGUCACAGGUGGUUCUAGUCUACAGAAUAGGCGGGCCACACCUUCCUCAUGCCAGCCCCAAAAAAUGCUCUGAUGGGGAAAGUUGAAGUAACCAAAGGUCCUGUUACUUCAGGUUCAUCAGUCUACAUGCUCAAUGUUUCUAAGAGGGAGGAAGAAGACUGCCUGCUGAGCACCUCAAUGUAGGUGGUGAGAGGAUUAAUUACAAUUUACCAAACAAGAGUGUAUUCUUUUUCAUUCAUCUGGUCUCUCAAUAAUAAGGACUUUACUGUGGCUCUGCUAGAAUCCUUGAAAGCCUGUCAACCCUGAGCCCUUCUUGAUGAGGGCUGCAGAUAACUCCAUUGUAGAUGGGCACUUCUCCCCAUUUCAGCCCUCCUACAUCCUCAUGCUAAAGCUGUGGGAAGCUGGGCCGCUAGACCCAACCUGCUCCCUCACUAGCUCUGCACAAUGGGAACUUCUGUUUCUACAUCUGAAAGGGAGGCUGUUAGAAUUCAAUGCUUAGCACAGUAAAAUGAAGCAUGCUCAGCCCUAGAACUGUCCUAAGCGCCUUUCCCCUAGGCACUGCUCAGUUCCCACUGUGGCCACUAACAUGCCUCACCCAAUUCCUCCUGCUGUCCAGUGAUCAUAUACCACAUAACUGAGCUUCCCUCCCCCUCCCUGACCUGUGUUUGGUCUCUUAGCUCCAUUGCAUCUGGCUAGCAUAAAGCAUUCCUGCCCCUUCCUGCUUCCUGGCAACAUAGCACUGCAGUGGCUGUGGAGUGGGGCCUCCAUGCUUGAGAGACUGAACUUGUAAUGUAUUAUAUGGCUCUGAAUAGAUGCUAACUCCAUAGACCUCCCCACCAGACUGCAUCAAAGACUAGACAUGGCUCCUAAAAAGUCCCUCCCUCUCAUUCCUGAUCUGAGUAAGGUCACAUAACUCAAUGAGUGACCCAAGAAACAACCAAGACCAGUCACAGUUAUGUGUACCCAGC